AUUGAAGGAUGAUAAAUAUUAUUGCUGCAAAGUCGAGGUAUUACGGCAGGAUCGCGCCCACUAGUCACUGUUAUCACAAACUGUCAACCAUAGAUACUAAAUAUCACAUGCAUAAGUUUCGAAACAGUCAGCUGCGGGGCAAGCCGGGACCCAAGGAAUCGCUUUCAGGACUAAAACCUAGGAAAGCAACGACAUGAUAAAUUAGUAAGAGUAGCAAGAUAGGGGAUAGUUAAGAGGACAAUGAAAUAUGCCCGGAUGUAGAGAGGUGAACUGUCAAAACCCGUACUACGAACCAGUGCACUUUCCCAGAAUGUCAAUGAUGCGGUGGUGGGAAACAAAU